UAAGUAAUAAUUCAGUGAGUUGAAGAAUUCGGGAAAUGAUGGAGGGAAUCAUUUCGCGCAUUGAUAGCUUUCAGUUCCUGAGCACAUUGAGCUUUACUGCAAGGGCCGGAAUGACGAGAGAACGUUAUGUGCACAUGGCUCUGUUUUUCUCUGCACUUGCUUUAUGUUUCUGGGGAUUUGUGCUGACAUUGUGGAGGAAGUAUGCCCAAUCGUGAGGCUCGGUGUACUAAUACGGGGACAAGUGUGCCCGCAGAAGAGAAUGAGAGUGGGAGCAGGGGAAAAAUUUAUAUGAGAUUUGAGUGCUCGCUGAACAGUCCCGAGAAACAGCCUGCUGAUGAUAUUUUCCAUUACAGAGCAGAGGGCGUUUGUGACUGUAAGAAUUCUGUUACUUCAUUCUCCUCGUCUAGUGACAGAGAAAUGUUGGGCCUGGGAAAUUUCAGAAAUGAUGAAGGGGCCGGUUUAGAAAGCCCAAAGAAAAAUCUUCUCAAGCUAUUGUUGCUACCAGAGGACAUUGUAAGGUAUGCUGAUGUUUCAUGGAACAGGGAAGUGUUGGCCACCAGCACAGUGGAUGGUAUUAAUACUGUCCGUCUGUGGGAUAUUCCGGGGAGUAGGUGCCUCAAUUAUAUGAAGUUCGAUGAGGCCAUUGUUAUUGAGAGCGCUCGCUUUUCAAACAGCCCCCAUCUGCAUCUGCUGAGUGCUAUUGGUAUAGCGGAAGAGAAAUCUUCGUUAUAUGUGUGGGAUACCAGGAAUUUUCUGAAGCCGCUAAGGUUUUCCUUGGGAAAGAAUUCGAGACUCGGUAUUGUGGAAUUUAAUCAUAAAAGGGUUUAUGUUUGUGAUGAAUUGAGUGAAAGAAUGUUUGAUUUACGGAUGGCUGGUGCACCGGUUCUUGAAAUUUACCCCAAGGGUUCAGAGGACAGAGGACGGAUGGAUUAGCGCCGUUAUGCUAAAUGGAUGAAGAAACAGGGGUGCAGUUGAGGAAUAGUUGUAAUUGUAGACGUAUAAAAAUGAUCAUAUUCUUAAAUGAAUAUUUAAUGUUCAUUUUAUUCUCAGAUUUCAUAACUUGCACCAAGAAGUCUUGUGGGUUUGUGGACAAACUCUUUGAACAUCAUUUUUUACAUUUUGAGUUUCAUAACCCCGCUUUUCCUGCAUACAGUAACUUACAAGAUUUUGAUCUCUUACAAGAUUUUGGUCUCUGCACAUCCUUUCUUUUACUGUAAUUUGCCAGAGUCCUCUUAAUAGUGGGUUGAUAAUCACUCAUGUACAUAUGAUUGUUUCGUGAGGAUCUAUCAUUUUGUUCAAACAAAUAUUUUGUA